UGUCGACAUAUAAAUUUUCAAUCAAUAAUAUAGAUUCGCUAUUUUUCUUUAUUGUGAAAAACCAACAUUAUAAAGAUAAAACGCAAUGUAACAAGUAUAUACUAAAGCAAAUUUGUGACACGAAAUUGUGUUUAAUUGAGCAAUUUUUAAUUACUUAACGCAUUUGGUCAGAGCAAAUUGUUGAUUCUCUUCCUUAUUCGUUCAUUAUGACUUUAUUUUAUCAAGAUUGUUACUUUAACGUUAAUGGUUUUAACCCAGAAGUAUCGUUGCAUCUUUGUAGAUGUAGAUCUUCCACGUUAGUAGAGUCCUGAGAAAGACUGCUGGUGUUGAUGAUGAAUCACGUUUCGACAACAUUAGCGGUAGUCAUCUUCAGAUCGAGUCAAGUAAGGAGUCGGAGACGCAACAGAUUUAUACACAAGCUCUACGAGUACAAAUCAUCAAAACGCCAUGUCUCUUGAUAACUUACUGCUCUCCAUAUUUCAAUUUUUUACGAACAAAGCCCGAGAUGCUGCAGCAGACAGGCUAGAAAACGGUGACGUUGGUAAUGAAGGACUUCGCGAACUUAUCAAGCGAGAUUUACACGAAAUCGAAACAAUGCUAGAUAAUCUUUCAAAAAUAGACCUUUUCUCCAGUUUGAACUAUUUGGAGGAAGGAUUUAUUCUACUUUUUAAUUGCAUUGACGAAGUAGAAAGUGAUAGAGAAUGUGAAGAAGCAAGUAAUAAUGAUGAGUCUCAGGCAACUUGUACUGCCAUCACCACCAAGUAUGAUCUUUCCCGUGCAAUACAACAUUCAAAGGAAUUUGAAUCGGCAAAGGAUCGAUUUAAAAAAUCCCGUGAGAAAGCAACGGAUGUUUUCAACAACAAAAAUUUAAGCUUGGAGGACAGAAUAUUUGCCGCAAUCGUUAAGAUCAUGGCACAAAUUUUUGAAUGUCCGGAGCAUCGAAAGAAUGCCAUUGAUUUAUGUUUAUCUUAUAUAAAAAGGCUGCAUGAAUUGGACGGUGUUCGUAAAAUGUUCUCUGUUUCUAUCGGUGGUGGCAUCAGAGUAAUGUUCAAAAAGUCUCAAAGAAUGGAAAACAUGAAGUCUGUCAUUCUUCUCAACCAUCAUUUAUAUCAGUUCAUUGCAAGGAUCAACAACAAUCAUGAUCAUUUAUCAACUUGGCCAAGUAUUGAACUUGGAGACGGAAAAAUAUUUAAUCCAAUACGGGACUGGCGCAAGCAAUUUGCUGUCGAGUCUUGGUAUAAAAAUUUGAUUGAAUCUUCCCAAGAAAUGGAAAAAAUGAAAACCAUGAUGUUUGAACUUUUGGACAAGAUGACUAUAAAUGAAUAUUUUGCUCCAAUAUUGACAUCACCAGUUGAAUUAGUUAUGGAUUUUUUAAGAAGUGAUAUUUUGGUUGCUGGAGGUUUACCUAUUGAUUCUUCAAGGAAAGUAGAAAUUUUUUCUUGGAAGGAGAAAAAAUGGCUUGAGAUUGCAUCAACGGAAAAUGAACACUUUAGGGCUUCAUCAUCUAUUUAUAAUGAUAAUUUAUAUGUUGUUGGAGGAUUUCACUGCAAGUCAAUAGAGACAUUUAAGAUAAAACAGUUUCCUUUGACAUGGAAGACAUUUCCUCGAGAGCUUCCUUAUGCAUGUUAUGGUCAUCAAACUGUUGUUUGUAAACAACAAAUUCUUCACAUUGGAGGACGUAUUCGUGAUGAAGAAUCAGAUUUGAUUCGUGAAAUAAACAUUACCGGUACAGCAUCUCAUGUUUUAAAGGAGUUGUUUCAUAUGCCUGAACCACGGUGGAGCCAUGGAGCUGUUGUUGUUGAUGACAAAGUUCUUAUUUUUGGAGGACACGGAAAAGAUUGGGAAGUUUUGUCCAGUGUUUUGGAGUUUGAUCCAAGGACUAUUACAUUUAAGGAAAUGGCUCCAUUACCUUUUCCAUUGACUGCAAUGGCAACAGUUCAAUGGAGAGAUCAAGUUGUUCUUCUUGGAGGUUAUGAUGGAAAUAAAAGGUUGAACAGUGUUAACAUGUAUGACAUCAAAACAGGUAAAGUCACAACCUUACCAUCCAUGAUGGAAAGAAGAUCCAUGUGUUGUGCAGUUAUAACUGGUGAUACAAUUGUUGUCAUGGGAGGCAGGAAUGAUAAAGAUGAAAGUCUUAAGUCCGUGGAGUGUUUCGAAAAGGGAAGUAGUUCUUCAUGGGCAUAUCUUCCUUCAAUGAAUUUUUCACGAUUUCAAGCCAUUGCUGAAGUUUUACCUUUUGGACAAAAGUAUGUCUAAGACACAAAAUUUCAUUAAGUUAUGGAACGUUAUAACUCAUUAAUGCUCGUUUGGACUAUAUUUGAUGAUAAAUUUGUAAAAUUUAAAAUAUAUAGUUCAAAAGCUCAUAUAAUCAUUAACUAUUUUGAUAAAUUUCUGAAAUAGGUGAAUGGCUUUUGUAUCUAAAUAAGUUUGAGUUUUUAGAGGAUAGUUUAUACCUUUUUUCCUGUGUUUGUUUCAUUGCAGUUUAUUGAACAAUAAAAUACAUGUUUUCCAGGGUAAAA